AUGAGUGCUUUGCUUGCCCUGUCUGCAUCACACCUGGCAUGGCAGACGAAGAAUAUCGAUACGGAGAACCUUGCGUAUCACCACCGAGGUGUGGCACUCAAGGGAUUGCAUGAAGCUAUCGGUGAUUUCUCAAGAAACAUUUCCGAGGCAAUCUUGGCGGCUUCAAUGCUCUUGUCCUGGCAAGCCACAGAAUGGCGAAGUUGGGCAUCCCUACAGCAAGGAGUUUCGACGGUGAUGAAUGCUAUGAGACCAUGGGUGCACGAAUCUGAACUAGCACGAUUUUUGGACAAUCAGAGAUCUAUUGCACGAGCCAGAACCCCCGCAACACCGACCCUACCUCAUGCUCAAUUACCUGUACCUCAUGAAGACCUUCGACGAGUGGAGCAGAUCACCACAGCUCUUCACAACCUUCAGCUGAGGCUUACCAAUAGUGAAGAGUUGGCUGAACAUGCCAGACGUCUCGUGGAUUAUCUUCAAGAUGUACAACGAGAUAUCCAGCUACAAGCACCCGAACAGACAUUUCCUCGAUUACAGCCAUUGCGAGAUUUGAUCUUCUGGCUACCUCCAGCAAUACUAAGGACAGGGGAGUCUGAUUUGGCAGCCUUGACUUUACUUGCGCAUCUGUAUGCAGCUGCCUUGGCCGUCGAACCGCUAUUCCCUGAGAUUGGCGGGGCUUAUCUGGGAAGCAUGUCCGUCUUGCCUCUCGAGCGUGUACACGAGAUAUUGAUGUCACGGAGAUCAACUCAACCCCAGGACACAAGCGUUCAGGUUGCUCUGUCGCUGAUGGAUGUGCCAGUCCAGAUCAUGACUGCAUAUCGAUUACGACAGCGACAAAAUAGCCAAAGCAUGGAUGCUUAUCGACAUUCACCUCAGGGAAGUCCGUAUGUGUCUCCACCCAUGCCGAUCUCAUCCUCAGGAACAGAUGUUUCGUCCCAGUCCAUGUAUUCAAACUCAUCACUACACGGAUCCGCCAGUCUUCCAUUACCGGGUUCAUACUUUCCGAACGUGUCAAGCCCCGGUGAUGUUCGAAGGGAAUCAUCAAUGUCAUCAAUUAGCUCUCUAGGGCGUGCGAACUCUAUGGGUGAACGGACAAUGAGUUCAGGAGGCGCUGGGAAUGCCAUGGGAAUAGUUUAUGGCUCGCCGCCGCCGCAGCAUCCGCAUGGCCCACGAAGUAGCCACGAGAUUCCCAAUUCAAGAAUGGACUACUUUGGGCAGACUCAAGCACCGUACCAGUACGGAAGCAUAAAUAUGAAUACUCGGUUCGUCACUCCUUCAGAACUUUGGGCAUGA